AUGCCAAUUUCGACAUUCACCACGCUUGCUAAACGGGAACUCGAAGGUCGACCGGGAUGGUGCCUUGAUCUUACUUUCCAGCACGCCUUGCUGGUCCUUGGCUACGAGUUUGGUGAUGAUCGGGAGGUGCAGCUUGGGAAGCGUAUUGAAGGCACAGAGCUCGGUUGGUGUCUCGGUGCUACGAUAGCAAUGUAUAAUGAGCUGCAUUUCUCAUUCGAGCUGUUCCCUCGUACCACCAUGAUUACCCAGCAGGAUGACGAGGAGACACCUCUUCUGCAACGACUAGAGCAACCAAAGGCCAAGACACCUCUACCCUGGGAUCAAUCUUGGAUUAUACUGCUCGUAGAGAUGCCAGAUUUUCUUUCUUCUUAGACCCUUGCGCUGUUUAUUCCUCAACUCAUUAGAGACAUCGGAGUCACUCAUGGAGACGAAUCCCAGGUUGGUCGCUAUGUCGGUAUCCUUCAAUCAUCAUACUAUGCAGCUCAUACCUUGACUAUCUUUCAUUGGAGUCAACUGUCCGACCACAUCGGGCGGAAGCUGUAACACUGACAGCUUUAUUAGCAAUUAUUAUUUCGAUGUUUUCAUUUG